AUGAUAGAGUAUCUUGUGGUCGAUAGAAUGCGCAAAAAGGAAUUUAUAGUGUUAGGAGUGACUACUUUUGUGAUAAUAGCAACAACACUUGGUCUUUCGUACUGCAACACAUUAUCGAUAUUGGAUGAUACAGCAGUCCCUGUAAUUGUCAACUUAAAUAAUUUCACGAAUGGCGAGUACUUACUUCGACAAAACGUAUCCCUUUCAGUGUACAAUCAAUGGGUAAAGCUCUCGAUGUCUCUUCGCCCGGAAAAUACAAUGAAUAGAACAACCAUCACAUUUGACACGCGGACUCGACUUUCGAUCGUGACAGAUGACACGUACGACGUGUACACUAGUCAACAACAAAUGGUGACAUCUUGUUACAUAUUUAGUUGUGAGGAUAUGGUCAUAUUUUCUGACAAAGCCGUUAAAGAGGCCAGUUACAUCAUUUCGAUUGUCAUCAUCGAUUCUUCUGGGGAGAUCGAGAGAAACAACUUUGAAGUGGAAUUUAACACGGCAAAGGCAAAGCCUUGGUCGACUUUAUUGUCUCUUACUGUCACUUUAGUGUUAAUAGUCACCAUUCUUAUCGUCUUAAUAGCAUUCGUGAUACACGCAAUAGUAACAAAGCAAUGGACGAUAUAUGUCUGGUUCAACGCAUUACUCUUACUCGGCUCAGCACUCUGUUCGAACCCUUUUGAACUGAUUGGAUAUUUCGAAAACUUCAUGUGGCUCUCUUUACUCGGCGACUUCUUAUCAGAGAUAUACACAUUCAUUCUAGUCGUCUACAUUUUCUUCCACAUCGACCAUCUCAAGUAUUUGGCUAUCGACGCACCAUAUCCUAUUAUGCAAUGGGUCUUGCGCUCGAUAGUGUUGGUAUGCUUCUUCGCACUUUCUAUCACCUUUUUCUUUGUACGGUUAUUACAAAACAGGUCUCCGUUAGUCUCUUCAACGUCCAAUUUAGCAAAUGACGUCAGAGGUGUUUCUGAUUUCCUCGAAUUUGUGUUACUCUUCUGGGUGGUGUUACUCAUACUAUUUUCUUUCACAGAAGUCACUAACCCUAUUAAUAGAAAAAGACUCUUUUACUUGGCACCCCUUAGCUUCAUCGUCAGUGUCGAUUGUUUCUUACAACUCUUUCUUAGAAACACCACAAAUGAUUUCCCCAUACCGGGGUUUCUUGUCAAAAUCGCAAACACUUAUUGUGUUUUGUUGAUGUGUAUUGGCUUUCACCAGAUCAUGUUUAAACAUUCAACAACAAAAGUCGAGCAGCCAGGCUCGUUGUAUGAAGAGAUUGAUUCAGACCAGUCGAUGGAUUUUAAUUAA